UGGAAUUUUCCCCAUUUGGUUUGUAGGGUCGUUAACACAGCAGCGCAACAGAUCGAUAACAAUGGCAGCAACGGAAAAACAGACAAACCUUUGGAGGGUUGUGGCCGACUCGCCGGAGACGGAACCUAUCGUUUUCGGCUGUUGCGACGCUCAACAAUGCAGUGGCCACAACCUGUCGAGUAUUCUACACUAGGUAGGUUCGAUGAUCACAUGUUGGUAUGUUACAAUAGCAAUAUAACCCACGAAGGUUCUCUAUGGCGGGCCGAGAAUCCUGUCGCUACAACUCUCCCUGUAUUUGCUCUCCAACUUUGCCUUAUUAUUUUCUUCUCUCGUGCCCUCAUUUUCCUCUUGAGACCCCUGCGCCAACCGCCCAUUGUAGCUGAGAUUCUUGCUGGGGUGUUGCUGGGGCCGUCCCUACUGGGGCUGACCGAUUUUUUUGUGAAAUACAUAUUUGCUUUGAAGAGCUUGUUGCCAUUGGAAACUGUAGCGAAUUUGAGCUUGGUUUAUUACAUAUUUCUGGUUGGAUUGGAGCUGGACAUGGCCCCAAUUGUGCGUGCUGGAGGGAAGUCCAUUGGCAUUGCUGUGCUUGGUCUUCUUCUUCCAAUUCCUAUUGGGAUUGGCUUGCAUCACUUGAUCAACAGCAACCAGAAAAAACCUAAGAUGGGAAAUGCCACCGCCCAUGGGCCUUUGUUUUGGGGCAUUUCCUUAGCCACCACCAACUUCCCAGACCUGUCGCGGAUCCUCUCCGACGUUAAGCUUCUGCAUUCCGAGAUCGGUAGGACUGCUUUAUCUGCCGCUAUUAUCACAGACCUCUGCUCUUGGGUGCUUCUUGUGAUCACCAUGUCAAUAAGCAAUGUAGGCAAAUACUACGCAGUUUCUUCCACGUUUGUUUUCGUCUGUAUGUGCCUUUUCCUCUUCCGCCCUGCACUCAAGUGGCUCGUUCGCGUUAGCAGCAAGGAUGGGAACUACAAUGAGUUCCAUAUCUGCUUUGUCAUGACGGGCGUCGUGGCGUGCGGGUUGAUUACCGACGCAUGUGGCUCGCAUUCGAUCGUGGGGGCAUUCAUGUGGGGAGUUAUCAUGCCCAAGGGUGAGCUGAAGGACUUGAUCAUGGGGAAGGUGGAAGAUUUGGUUAAAUCAAUUAUGAUGCCUACGUUUUUCUUGGUGACUGGCCUCCGAGUGGAUUUUAAUAGCAUUUGUAAAGACUCGGAUUGGGUGUUGGUGAUGUUGAUCGUGUUCUUGGCUACCUCGGCCAAAAUUGUGAGCACUUUCCUUGUGGCUAUCUUUUGCAACAUGCCACCGCGAGAAGGCUUGACUCUUGGCUCACUCAUGAAUACCAAAGGCUUGCUUGCCUUGAUAAUCAUCAGCGCCGGACGAGAUAUGCAGGCUUUGGGUGCUCUCACUUUCACGGUGAUGAUCAUGUCUUUCUGGGUAAUGACGGCUCUGAUUGGACCAACCUUGGCUUUUACCUACAAAUCAGUCAAGACAUCGAGGAAAAAUAGGUACAGAACCAUUCAAAGCAUCAAACCAGAGGCAGAGUUCCGAGUGGUUGCUUGUGUGCACUCCACCCGCAAUGUGUAUGGCAUCAUCCAUCUCCUUGGAGCUUCCAACCCCACCAAGCAAUCGCCCCUCUUAGUGUUCGCUAUUCACCUGGUCGAGCUUGCCGGUCGUGCCACAGCAAUGUUGAUCGUCCAUGGCCAAUGCAAAGCCAGCUCUGCCAAAGCCAAGGUCCAGACCGACCACAUUAUCAAUGCGUUCGAUAAGUUUGAGAACAUGAGCAAUGGUGUCACUGUCCAUUCCCUCACGGCGGUGUCGCCAUAUGCCACAAUGCACGACGACAUCUGUGGCAUUGCGGCGGAGAAGCGCGUCCACUUGAUCAUACUCCCAUUUCACAAGCAGCCCACCCUGGAUGGCGGAUUGGAAGAUGGGAACCCCUCAAUUGGGCUUGUCAACAACAAUGUGAUGAUGAAUGCCCCUUGCUCAGUCGCUGUCCUUGUUGAUCGUGGCCUCUCCGCCACCAGCCUCACCGACUCCAGUCGUUCCAGCCGCCUGCAACAAAGCUUUGCCCUGUUCUUCAUUGGUGGCCCCGACGACAGAGAAGCUCUGGCUUACGCAUGGCGAAUGUCGGAGCAUCCAGGCAUCCUGGUAACCGUCGUAAGAUUCCUCCCUGGAGACGAAGUCAAAGAAAUGAGCAUAACAGACUUCCCUGGAGAAGAAAACGUCGAGAUUCUUACAGCCAUAGCAGGAGCAGAGAAGGAGAAGGUGAUUGACAACGAUUAUAUACAAAACUUCCUGCUGCAAAUCUCAAGCAACCCAUCAAUCGGAUACGCAGAAGUGGCGGUGAACAAUGGGGAUGAAACGCUCAAGGCAAUCAGCACACUGGAAAACGAGUUCAAUCUGUACAUUGUUGGAAGGGGCAGAGGGAUGGUGUCUCCACUAGUGUCGGGGCUGUCGGAGUGGAGCGACUCACCAGAGCUGGGGGUGCUGGGGGAUGCGCUGGUGACGUCGAGCUUUGCGACAAAUGUGUCACUGCUGGUUGUGCAACAGGGGUGUAUGGAUGCGGAGGAGAGGGGCGAGAAGUUUAACGAUGCGUUCAUGGCGGAGCAGUAUGGAGCGCAGGGGGCGUGGCAGUCGCCAAUGAUUAAUAAUAAUGGGGAUGGAGAGUUUGGUCUGUUUGUGAACCAGAAGGAGAAUCAAGUGAAUGAGGAGGAAGACGAGGAGAAGGGGAAGGGGAAGGGGAAGGAAGGCCAUUAUCAACCAAAUGGAGCCAUGGUUUACCCGACUAAAUUGUGAAGCAAAUUGUUGGGGUCUUAGCUUAACUUCACUCAUCAAACCAUACUAUUCUCCUUCUUGUUCCUUCUCUUCUUAAUUUUGUUUAGUCAAUUAUUCUUUGGUUAAAUGAAUGAAGUUCUAAAUGUUUUAGUUAUCUUA